UGUUUAUCCUUUAGGCCUGUCGCUCCUGGAAUCCAAGGUGACCCCCGGAGGGAGGGACCCAGAGAAAGGACACAUUAGAAAGGCAGUGUGGCCUUUGUUCCUCCAAGUUUAGGGCAAUGACUGAAGAUUCCCAGCUGCUGCUCCGGGGUCUGGAGCAGGGUGUUAUGGAAGCUGGUAGCUGACAGCCCGUGGAUUACGACUCUGCUCAAAUCUUGAAAAUACCUUAAGUAUUCUUCAUCUCGGUCCCUCAGCCUCAAGAGGGGGGAGGAGUCCCAGCUUCACCCAAGGCUGAAAGUAGCAAAGGACACAGCUGCACAACGAAGGUGGAGAAGCCGAGCUGCGUCCAGCUUCCGUGACCCCCUGGACACCUGCAGGCCACAGAGAGAGUCUGUGCUUUGAGCAAAAACAGUCCCAGGGCCUCUUACAGGAUGGGCCAGCAGGAAGCUUAAGCGUUGCCCCUGAAGCCCUGACCAUGCGACUGGGCAGGGAGAUGGGUUUGGGGAAUGCCAUUCUUCAACUUCCACCCCUCGGGGGGGUUUUCAGUCUGCCUCUGAGCCACAUCCCCAGGCCUUUUGAUUUUGAGAUAGGGUCUUGCUAAGAUCUUGAGGCUGGCCUCCAACUUGCGAUCCUCCUGCCUCAGUUAAGAUGGAUGAAUGCUUCAAGCACUAAACAAACAUCAGAACUCUGCUGAGAGCAUAACUCAUCCUCAACCCUCCCUCCAUCCCUCCAGAUGGUGUUUUUUGGCUACAUGGUGUCCAGCAUCCUCUUUGGCCUCCUGGCUGACAGAUAUGGCCGCUGGAAGGUUAAUCAUAAAGACUGAAUUUUUGCCCACUAAAUAUCGAGGCUACAUGCUGCCCUUGUCUCAGGUUUUCUGGCUGGCUGGCUCCCUGCUCAUCAUCGGCCUGGCCUCUGUGGUCAUCCCCACCAUCGGGUGGCGCUGGCUCAUCCGGAUAGCCUCCAUCCCCGGCAUCAUCCUCAUCAUGGCCUUCAAGUUUAUUCCUGAAUCGGCUCGGUUCAAUGUCUCCACCGGGAACACCCAGGCUGCCCUGGCCACCCUAGAGCGCAUUGCCAGGAUGAACCGCUCGGUCAUGCCGGAGGGGAGGCUGGUGGAGCCCAUUCUGGAAAAAAGAGGAAGAUUUGCAGACCUACUGGACGCUAAGUACCUACGGACCACAUUACAGAUCUGGGUCAUAUGGCUGGGAAUCUCUUUUGCCUAUUACGGGGUUAUCCUGGCCAGUGCCGAGCUGCUGGAGAGGGACCUGGUCUGUGGUUCAAAGUCAGAGUCACAGGUGGUGGUGGUGACUGGGGGGAACUCACAGGAGAGUCACAGUCCCUGCCACUGCCACCUGUUUGCCCCGUCUGACUACCGGACAAUGAUCAUCAGCACCAUUGGGGAAAUUGCUUUGAAUCCUUUAAAUAUCCUGGGCAUCAACUUCCUGGGGAGACGGUUGAGCCUUGCUAUCACCAUGGGGUGCACGGCUUUGUUUUUCCUCCUCCUCAAUAUUUGUACUUCAAGUGCCGGCCUUAUUGGCUUCCUCUUCAUGCUCAGGGCCCUGGUGGCGGCCAACUUCAACACCAUCUACAUUUACACUGCGGAGGUCUACCCCACCACGAUGCGCGCUCUGGGAAUGGGGACCAGUGGCUCCCUGUGUCGCAUUGGUGCGAUGGUGGCACCAUUUAUCUCCCAGGUUCUUAUGAGUGCAUCAUUCCUGGGAGCCCUGUGUCUCUUCUCAUCUGUCUGUGUUGUAUGUGCCAUUUCUGCAUUCACUCUUCCCAUUGAGACCAAGGGACGAGCCCUGCAGCAAAUUAAAUGAGACCUGCAAAUCUACAUCUACCAGAGGAGCACAGUGUAUUUUAUCUUCACAGAUCUGUGGCACAUUUCUUAAAAACUUGGUUUGAUUUCUGUAUGCUAGUCAAUAAUAAACUGAUUAUGUAUCUAAGAACAUAAGGCACCCAUGGGAAUACAGCUGGCAACUGUAUACUCAUCUCCUCCUUGGGAGACAAUAUAUAAAACUUUUACAAAAUAUACCUAAGAUUGGAAAGUAUAUGAAUGGGAGAGGUUAAAGGAAGAUGUCUUUUCUUCCCUGAUAUCAAGAAUACAAAAUCUUAGAACACAUAUUUGGUAUUUUCCCAUACAGGUUAUAGCUAAAGUUGGACAAAAUCUUGUACUUAAGAACUGGGCUGAUAUCAUUAAAUCUUUCAAAACCACUAGAAUAGUCAUCAAGUUCAAAUUAAUAUUAGCAUCAAUUAUGGCCUUCCUAGUGUAUUCAUAAAAUAUGCUUAAAUUAGUGGCUUGUAUAUAAUUACAUGCCAUCCCUAUUUCUACUUAUUUAUUUUAAUGGGGAGAAUCUUUGAUUCUCAUAAUACGAUAAUAAAAAUCAAAGUAUAUAUCCAGUUUUCCGACAUAUAAUCAAUCACUCACCUGCUUGUGGAGAGACAUCAUAGUUUUGAUGCCAGAAUUAAAAACAGGUAGUCAGUGUAGAUACAUAAAUCGGGCCAAGUUGAGAAAAACAGCAAACCGGUUUGGGUCCAAAAGGUUGAAGACUCUGCUGUGGGAGAUUGAAAUGUUAGUGUCCCAAAUACCUGCCCAAUACUGCCUUCCUAAAGAAUUGUUAAUAAAGCAACCCCUGAGCAGACAGGGAGCUGCUAAUUAACUCACCUGGGCCCCCCUUCCUGCCCAGAUCACUUCUCCCUGGCUCCUUCAGCCCACCUGUUUCCCAUCUCUUGGCUUUCCUAGCUGCAUCUCCCAGUCACAUAUACAGGAUGAAGGGAAGUGAACAAGGGAGAAGAACAUAAAAGAACAAAGAAACUUUACAUGUAUAAAAGGGAUGGGUCUUCCUCAUCCCAUGGAUUCUAGUUUUUGGGUCCCCUUCUUCCUCAGGGAAGAAGUCUGUUCUAUCCUUUAAAUAAAGCUGCUUGUUUUCUACUCUA